AUGAAUACUAAUACAGAAAAAGACAAUAACUACAAUCCUAUGGAGCAGGGUAAUGCCCAUAUAGAACUAGAUAAUCAAGGUCUAAUAGAAAAAGAAGAUUCGAGUUUCAGAGAGAAAGUUACCAAUGUAAUCAGAAAUAUAACUGUAGAACCAUGCAUGUUUAUGGUCAUAACUGCAAUCUCGUUGUAUAAUAUGGCAUCGCAGAACUUGCAGUUGGAAAAAGCAUGUAGAGUGAAUUUAAACUUCUCCACAGAAAUUUGUGAUUCUUUGAUACUGCAAGACGGCGUGGCUCAUAGUGAUUAUGAAAGAGAAACGCAACACUUGCUAGCGAAAGCUCUUGCAUGGAAAACUUAUUUAACUGCAACAUUGACCUGUAUUAUUGCUCUUUUUAUUGGUUCCUUCUCUGAUAAAACAGGACACAGGAAACUUUUCUUGAUCGUUCUUACUACCGGACUCAUACUUAAUGGUAUUAACAGUAUAAUAAAUGUGUAUUUCUUCUAUGAGACCACAUUGGAAACUAUUGUCUUCUCUGGGGCUAUUAUUGAAGGAUUGAGCGGAGGGUUGGGUAUUUUAUUUAUAACUUGUUUUGCAUAUAUUAGUGCUAUUACUACUGACAAAGAUAGAACCUUCAGGAUCGGGAUUCUGGUCUUUUGUACAUCUCUGGCCUCGCCCAUUGGAACGAUGCUAAGUGGAGUUUUAUUAAAUGCAUUGGGGUAUUAUGGUAUAAUUGGAAUAUCUAUCGCCUUAAAUGUAGUUAGUGUACUUUACACCAUUUUUGUGAUCAGCGAUCCAAAGAAAAGUCCUGAACAACAAGCAUACAGCGGUUCAAAUUGGUGGCAGUUACUCCGUAUUUUCUUCAAUAUAUCAAAUGUGAAAGACACAAUGAAUAUAAUCAUCCGCAAGGCUCCUAAUAGUAGGAGGCUACGUUUGUGUAUCCUCUUACUCGUAGUAAUUGUACUAUUUGGACCAUUUUACGGUGAAACAUCAAUUAUGUAUUUGAACGUGAGAUAUAGAUUUAAAUGGGAUGAAGUCCAAUAUAGUCUAUUCCAGAGCUAUAAUUUAUUCACAAAUUUCAUAGGUACGGCGUUGUCAAUCUUGGUUAUCAUCAAAUAUCUUGGAUGGCACGAUUCUUUGCUGGGCAUCAUAUCUACAUUGAGUAAAAUUGCCGCCUCAUUUAUUUACUGUUUUGCUCAAACCGGACUCGUCUUUUAUUUUGGACCGAUGAUUGAUAUAAUGAACGGGAUUCCACUAUUGGCGAUGCGGUCAAUAAUGUCCAAAAUGGUUGAAGGGCAUGAAAUAGGUAAACUAAGUUCUCUAGUUGGAAUAGUUGAGAAUCUGUCGCCUUUGAUAUACGUGCCGCUUUACGCGAAGGUGUAUUCGGCUACAAUGGAAGUUCUACCCGGAGCAGUGUUUCUCGUAGGAGGUCUUCUCAUGCUUCCUGCUGUUGUUGUACUAUGUUAUUUGUUCUACGAACACAGAAUGCAAGUCCGACAAUCGCAGAGUAAUCUAAUUCAGAUUUCAUAA